UGAUUUAACAAGAGUGGGGAUCUUGCGGUACGAGUGUUCAGUAGUUGUUACGAAUACCGGCAAGUUUUAUUAAAUAUUUUCUUUAAAUGAAUGGUGAUUUUGACAAUUAACUACGACGAGAAAUUCCUUAAUAGUGUUUUCACGUGUCCGAUGUCUAGUGCUGAGGUCACGGACAGCUCCGUCGAUCCCCCAACCAAAAAGCGGAAGCUAGACUCACUUCACCACAACGACAUGGCGAACAAUGGACCCUCGAGUUCAACUCAAGACAUCGAUGAAGGACUUUAUUCACGACAGUUAUAUGUUCUUGGUCACGAUGCCAUGCGUCGCAUGGCAUCCAGCGACGUCCUAAUUUCCGGCAUGGGAGGUUUAGGUGUCGAAAUAGCGAAAAAUGUUAUCCUCGGCGGUGUUAAAUCUGUCACUUUGCAUGACGAGGCUCUUUGUAAAGUAAGUGAUUUAUCGUCUCAAUUUUACUUGGGAGAAAAUGAUGUCGGUAAAAACCGUGCCGAAGCUUGCUUCAAAAAGCUUUCUGAACUUAACAUGUAUGUCCCCACCAAGUCCUACGUGGGCCCCCUCUCAGAGGAGGUUCUCAAAAAAUUCAGUGUUGUCGUUUUGACCAACAGUUCCCUGUCUGAACAAUUACGUAUUAGUGAAAUUACCCAUGCUAACAACAUUGCAUUAAUAGUAGCCGACACUCGUGGCCUUUUUGCACAAGUGUUUUGUGACUUCGGUAAGUCUUUCACUGUAGUAGACGUCAACGGAGAGCCCCCCGUUUCGGCCAUGAUUGCCGACAUAUCCAAGGAUUCUGAAGGAAAUACCAUUGUCACUUGCAUAGAUGACACACGCCAUGGUCUAGAGGACGGCGACUACGUUACAUUUUUAGAGCUGCAGGGAGCAUCUGAAUUGAACAAUUGCAACCCCAUAAAGAUAAAGGUGCUGGGUCCCUAUACCUUCAGUAUUGGUGAAGUGACAUUCUCUAAAUAUGAACGUGGAGGGGUCGUAGAACAAGUCAAAAUGCCCAAAAACAUUGAAUUCAAACCUUUGAAAGAGUCCAUUAAGGCUCCCGAGUUUCUCAUUACUGAUUUCGCUAAAUUUGAUCAUCCAGGACAGCUACAUUUGGCUUUUCAGGCUCUUCAUAAAUUCGUUAAUACUCAUGGUAAAGUUCCAAAACCCUGGAGCACUGCGGACGCAAAGGAAUUUGUAACGAUCGCCAAAGCUUUAAACCUAGACGGAGGCAGCGACAAUGAGAUCAACACAGAGCUUUUGGAGAAGUUCUCCAAGACUGCGUCAGGCAACUUGGGCCCUAUAAACGCCACUAUAGGUGGUAUUGUUGCCCAAGAAGUUAUGAAAGCUUGCACAGGCAAAUUCCACCCUAUUUAUCAGUGGUUAUACUUUGAUGCUAUUGAAUGCUUACCCACUGAUUUGGGAGAGAUUAACGAAGAGCUCACAACGCCAACGGGCAGUCGCUAUGAUGGGCAAGUAGCAGUCUUUGGGAAAGAGUUUCAAAAGAAAAUUGAGUCUUUAAAGUAUUUCGUUGUGGGCGCUGGCGCUAUAGGAUGCGAACUCCUGAAGAAUUUUGCAAUGAUGGGAUUGGGAUCUAAUGGAGGUCAGGUCACCAUCACGGACAUGGAUUUGAUAGAAAAGUCAAAUUUGAACAGGCAGUUUCUUUUCCGUCCUCAUGAUGUACAACAUUCUAAAUCUAUAACAGCUGCUAAGGUAAUUAAAAAGAUGAACCCUCAAAUGAACGUGGUGGCACAUGAAAACCGUGUCGGUCCUGAUACCGAAAACGUUUACGACGACGACUUCUUCGAGGCGUUGGAUGGCGUGGCCAACGCUCUAGAUAACGUAGACGCUCGUAUUUAUAUGGAUCGUCGUUGUGUCUACUAUCGCAAACCUUUACUAGAGUCUGGCACUCUGGGGACUAAGGGCAACACCCAGGUCAUUGUCCCAUACCUUACAGAAUCCUACAGCUCGUCGCAAGACCCUCCAGAAAAGAGCAUUCCGAUUUGUACACUUAAAAAUUUCCCAAAUGCUAUUGAGCAUACACUCCAGUGGGCUCGAGACAUGUUUGAAGGACUAUUCAAGCAAAGUGCUGAAAACGCCUGUCAAUACCUAACAGACCCAGAUUUCAUCGAUAGGACCCUCAAACUACCCGGCGUACAGCCCAUAGAAGUCUUGGAAUCAGUUAAAUUCUCUCUGGUAGAUGAUCGCCCCCAUUCUUUUGAAGAAUGCAUCGCUUGGGCAAGAAUUCAUUUCGAAGAACAGUUUUCAAAUCAAAUUAAGCAGUUAUUGUACAAUUUUCCACCGGAUCAGUUAACUUCAACGGGACAGCCGUUUUGGUCUGGACCAAAGAGAUGUCCUGUACCAAUCCAAUUCAACCCCGAGGAUCCCCUACACAUCAGCUACAUCAUGGCAGCUGCCAAUUUAAAGGCUGAAGUAUACGGAAUGCCUCACAUCACUGACUUGAAUUACAUUGCUGAUAUUGUAAAGACUGUAGAGGUUCCCGAAUUCGUGCCCAAAUCCGGUGUGAAAAUCGCUGUGACUGACUCCCAAAUGGCCGUUGCUAAUGGUUCGAAUGUGGACAUGGACCGCGUCAGUCAGCUCCAAGAACAGCUCCCGAAGCCCGGGGAGCUUGGAGGACUCACCUUACAUCCAAUUGAAUUCGAAAAAGACGACGAUACAAACUUGCACAUGGAUUACAUCGUGGCAGCUUCAAAUCUCCGUGCAGCCAAUUACAAAAUAGCCCCAGCAGACCGUCACAAAUCCAAAUUAAUAGCGGGCAAAAUCAUACCCGCAAUAGCGACCACAACAUCCGUGGUUGCAGGCCUCGUUUGUCUUGAACUGUACAAAUUGGCGAGGAGCAUGGAGAGCUUAGCCCCAUUCAAAAACGGUUUCGUCAAUCUCGCACUGCCCUUCUUUGGCUUCUCCGAACCAAUCGCCGCCCCCAAAAUGGAAUACUGCGGUAAAGAGUGGACCCUGUGGGACCGUUUCGAAGUCCAAGGGGAAAUGACUCUGGCCGAAUUCCUGAACUAUUUUAAAGAGAAACACGGUCUCGAGAUUACGAUGUUGUCGCAAGGCGUUUGUAUGUUAUAUUCGUUCUUUAUGGCCAAAGCAAAGGCCCACGAACGUCUCAACCUUCCCAUGUCUGAGGUGGUAAAAAGGGUAUCGAAAAAGAAGAUCGAGCCCCACGUGAAGGCUCUCGUGUUCGAGUUGUGUUGCAACGACGAGGAUGGUAACGAUGUCGAAGUGCCCUACGUAAAAUAUGUAUUGCCCCGAUAAUGUGACGGGCCCCCGGGGAGAGAAAAAUCGGGUAGGGGAAGAAUCUAUUGCGGAUGGGACAUCGCAUUCGCGUGAUGAUAAUGAAUUUUUGAGACUGUUUUCAAAGGGGGGGGGG